AUGGAGAAUCCUGAUCAUAAUAAUGAGUUCGGAUCAAAUCCUAAACGAACUCGUAUCGAAGUGGAUGUUGCAAAUCUUCCCUCGGAUUGUGGUUUAAGAAUAAAAAUUUCUAACUAUCAUCCUAAUGAAAGAGAUCAAAUUAGAAGGCAUUAUCUACAAAAUAAAGCUUGUCAACCAGUUAACCAUGAUUUUCCACAAAGUCAAUUUGGCAAAACAAAGCGUCGAUUUAAUCCAGUGUGGUUCAAAGAAUUUCAUGGAGGGGGAGACUCAUUUGUUACUAAGGGAUUCAGAAAUUGGAAAAAAAAGGAGAAAUUACAGAAUCACGUUGGGGAUCACAACAAUGAACAUAAUAUAGCUCAAAGAAAAUGUGAAGCUUUGUUAAACCAGAGACAAAGUAUUCAAACAGUUAUAAACAAGCAAUCAGAUGUUGAGAAAAGGGAAUAUCGGACUCGUUUGAAUGCAUCAGUGGAUUGUAUUUGUUUUCUACAACGACAAGGAUUAGCAUUUCGUGGCCAUGAUGAAUCUAAAGACUCUAAUAAUCAAGGAAAUUUUCUUGAAUUAUUACGGUUUCUUGCAAAUCACAAUGAAGAGAUUGAUCAGGCAGUUCUUGAAAACACUCCUAAAAAUCAUCAAAUGAUCUCUCCUGAUAUCCAAAAAGAAAUAGCAAAUGCUGCAACCGUUAAGACAAUAAAUGCUAUUAUUAAAGAUAUUGGAGACUCAUUAUUUGCUAUUAUAGUUGAUGAAUCACGUGAUAUGUCUACUAAAGAACAAAUGGCAAUUGCUUUGCGCUAUGUGGACAAAUUAGGACAUGUGAAUGAGCGCUUUUUAAGCAUUACACAUGUUAAUAAUACAUCAGCAGUGACACUAAAGAGUGCAAUUGAGUAA